AUGAGGUUGCGUGUAACAGCCCAGAGAUUUCUUAUGGUUGAAUGUCUAAAACGGAACAGCAGCAAGGGCGAGCUGUGGCCGUGGACGCCCCGCGACGAGCAGCGGUGCUCGGCGCUGCCGGUGCAGGCGUUCGUCCCAGUCAAGGCCGUCUGCCUGGGGCUCUGCGUGGUCAGCAGCGUCCUGACGGCGCUGGUCGUCCCUGGUGACAUGAAGACCGCCACCAUCUCCAACCUGCUCAUCCUCCUGGGGCUGCCCUUCGACCUCUGGCGCUCCCGGCCCUGGAUUUUCAGGCAGCUGCUGUGCCGGCUUCACCCACACUACCUCAGUGAGGGCUGCACCUAUUGCACUGUGGAGCGCUACCUCACCAUGGACUCCGGCACCAUGGUCUGGGUCAUCACCUCCUACUUCAUCCUGCCCGUCAUCUGCCUCAACAUCCUCUAUGGCUUCAUCGGAAAGGAGCUGUGGUGGAGCAACGCCUGCCUGCAGGGCCCCAGAGCAGUCCUCCAGGAGAAGGGGCACUGCCAGACCUUCAAGAUCUUGGCUGUGGUGGUUCUGGCCUUUGUAAUUUGCUGGUUGCUUUUCCCCACUGGCAGGAUCAUAUUUACAAACACGCAGGACACCAGGAUGAUGCCGUUCUCCCAGUAGUUUAAUAUAUUGGCUCUGCAGCUUUUCUACCUAAGCGCAUCCAUCAACCCUAUCCUCUACAACCUCAUUUCAAGGAAGUACAGGGCAGCAGCCUACAAGCUGCUGUUGCCACACCGAGCUGCAGAAGGGGCUUUCACGGUAACAACAGAUGCUGGUGGCUACAGGGAGACCAGUGCUAGCACAAGAAACGAGUUUGCCACCAGCUUCUGAGACUGAGCCCUGCGCUUCUCCAGGCAUUGUCUGCAAAGGAGGGGAACUUCCUUUUCACAGGAGAGUUGCAAAAAGAUGGACAUUUGUCAGAACAUGUGGUAUUUUGUAACUAUAUUUUGAAAUACUUGUAUUUUUGUUAACAGAGCAAGCAGCAACCAUAAAGUAGUGAGAAUGAUGCGCAGCUCGUGAAAGAUUACUCCAGCUUUUCCUAUUGAGUUAACUCCAUGUGAGUUGAUGUUAAA